GGUGUGUGUCACGUGGGGCGAGCCCACGUGACCAGAAGCGGGCGUCCAACAUGGCGGCCUCCAUGGGUCGCUGGCUUCUCUUCUUCCUCGCGCUGCUCCGCUCGCUCGGGGAGGCGUCCCGCGGCCUCGGCUCGGGGGCCUCCCGCGACGACGACCUGCUGCUACCCUACCCUCACGGGCGCGCGCGCUCUGCCCGGGACUGCGCACGGGCGCGCGCCGGCCACCGCGAGCACGAGAGCUGGCCGCCGUCCCUCGCGGCCCCCGGCGGCCCGGCGGUGCGCACCUUCGUCUCGCACUUCGCGGGCCGCCCGGUGGCGGGCCACCUGACCCGGGUGGCCGCGCCCCUGCGCACCUUCUCGGUGCUGGAGCCUGGCGGGCCCGGCGGCUGCGCGUCCAAGCGCCGUGCCACCGUGGAGGAGACGGCGGGGGCCGCGGACUGCCGCGCCGCGCAGAACGGCGGCUUCUUCCGCAUGGAGACGGGCGAGUGCUUGGGGAACGUGGUGAGCGACGGGCGGCGGGUGAGCAGCUCCGGGGGACUGCAGAACGCGCAGUUCGGGAUCCGCCGCGACGGGACCCUGGUCACCGGAUAUCUGUCUGAGGAGGAGGUGCUAGAUACGGAGAAUCCAUUUGUCCAGCUGCUGAGCGGCGUCGUGUGGCUGAUUCGCAAUGGAAGCAUCUACAUCAAUGAGAGCCAGGCCUUCGAAUGUGACAAGACACAGGAGACAGGUUCCUUUAGCAAAUUUGUGAACGUGAUCUCAGCCAGGACGGCUGUGGGCCACGACCGCCAGGGGCAGCUGGUACUCUUCCACGUGGACGGGCAGACAGAGCAGCGGGGCAUUAACCUGUGGGAGAUGGCGGAGUUCCUGCUGAAGCAGGGCGUGGUCAACGCCAUCAACCUGGAUGGGGGAGGCUCCGCCACCUUCGUGCUCAACGGGACCUUGGCCAGCUACCCAUCGGACCACUGCCAGGACAACAUGUGGCGCUGUCCCCGCCACGUGUCCACCGUGGUGUGCUUGCAUGAGCCCCGCUGCCGGCCGGCCGACUGCAGCGGCCACGGGGUCUGCGUGCAGGGGACCUGCCAGUGCACGGGGCACUUCUGGCAGGGAGCUGCCUGCAGCGAGCUGGACUGCGGCCCCUCCAACUGCAGCCAGCACGGGCUGUGCACCGAGACUGGCUGCCGCUGCGAAGCUGGAUGGACGGGGUCCAACUGCAGUGAAGCCUGCACCAACGGCUCCUUCGGGGAGGAUUGUGCCAGGAAGUGCCAGUGCCAGAACGGAGCUGCCUGCGACCCAGUUCACGGGACCUGCACCUGCCCCCCUGGCUUCUUUGGAGACACCUGUGCACGUGAGUGUCCCCUCGGCUGGCACGGGCCAGGCUGCCACAGGCCUUGUGAGUGUGAGCACCAGUGUCCCUGCGACCCCAGGACUGGCAACUGCAGCCUCGUCCAGGUACCUGCUCUGAGCAGCAUCCUCUCCCGAGUGAAGCAGUGUCUUCCAUCCGCUGAGGCCACGCUGAGGGCAGGAGAAUUCUCUUUUUUUACCCGGACCACCUGGCUGGGCGUCACGCUGGCCCUGGGUUUCCUGCUGCUGGUCAGCACCGUGGCAAACAUCUUGCUCCUGGGCUCCAGGGCCCAGAGGAACCGGCACCUCCACGGGGACUACGUCUACCACCCGCUGCAGGAGAUGAACGGGGAGCUCCUGGCCGCCGAGAAGGAGCAGCCUGGGGACGUUAGCACCACCUUCAAGGAUUGACACCCCAUUUUCCUCGCAGUCUAGCCUCUGCAGGGGGAACUGCAAGGCCACCAAUGGGAUGCAUCUGGGUGGCCUCUGCCCCUGUGCCCCAGCCACACUUCUGGUGGCACUUGUGCCUCAGCCCUCGCCUGUUUUGGGACCUGCAGCCCCAGAACACGGGGCUCCCCAGGCCCGAGCCCCCACGCUCAUCCCUGCCUGCCUGUGUCUGCUGCCCAUGAGGCCUGGCCUCCGAGGGCCUGCUUUGGUGCCAAAGAGUCUCCAACUUCUGGAGAAAAGGCUGCUGGAGAAUGGAACUCCCUGCAACCAAAUCAUGACAAGUGGCAAAUCCCAGCCAGCCCCGGUGGACGGGGGUUGGUUCGAGAGCUGCAUCUUGGGCUUCCUGGCUUCUUCCAGACCUCAUCACUGAAUUUGCCCAUCUGGAAUUCUAUUUCCCGUCACAGGAAGCGCAUCGGAAGACCAGAUGCAGGAUGAAAGCAUCAUGUUUACAGACUUUGUAUGGCGCCCUGCCGCUGAAGGGGUUUUCUAUCACUUGAAUAAAUUGAUAUAAUAAAAGGA